AUGGAUGAUAAAGAGAAAGAGAAUAUUCUUGAAGAAUAUUAUUUUAACGCAAAAAAUCCUGCUGCGUACGCGGGUGCUCAAAAGUUGUUUCAAGUUCUCAACAAGAAAUAUCCUGGACUAUUUACAAUUACUUACAUCAAACGAUGGCUAAACAACCAGGAUGCUUAUUCUCUUCAGAAGCCAAGACGACAUAGAUUUAAGACGGCCAACGUGCGAGUCACAUCCAUUGGCGAGCAGCUAGACAUAGAUCUUCUGUCAAUGUCAAAUCUAGCUGACGAGAAUGACGGUGUGCGAUUUCUGCUUUGUGCCAUUGAUAUUCUUUCCAGAAAACUGUGGGUGAGACCAUUGAAAAACAAAACGGACAAAGUUGUUUUAAGCGCCAUGAAAGACAUUCUCAGCGACAUUGCUCCAGUUGAAAUUAAGAAAAUUCGUGCGGAUAAAGGGAGUGAGUUUUCAAACCAAUGGUUUAAAAAUUUAAAGUGGGAGAUCUUGUACGCAUCAGCUUUAGCAAAUAAUCCUUACAUCGGGCUUAUCAAGAACAGUACACCACGGAGGAAGAAUGAAAUUGUAUGUUCCAAAUCCUUAAAAGUGGGUAGAUUUUUGGAUAGAGUGAGCAGUGGUAGAACGACACUGAACCAAACCGGAGCUGGUAGACGUUUAUCCAUCAUCCCUGUAGAUGACUCAAAGGUAGCCGCUGAGAAGCAGUUUCCGAUCAAAGCAGUUCUGCCGGCGGAGCAAACGACAGCGCAAGCAAAAUCGGAACUAGAGAGGCAGGAUAUAAAUCCAGCUAGUGUAGUAAAUAUGCUUCAGUCUUCGAGUGGACAGCGUCGACGCGGGACAAAAUGCAAGAAAACAGAUAAUAAAUCACGUAAAGGAGCUAAACGUUAA